UUUCACUUUUCAAAUCGACACGGCAUCGUUUUCGUUUGGCUCCACCGACUUUUGGUUUGGUUUCUUGCAUAAAUUGCUUGCUCAAUCGGGUAAAUCUCAAGUUUGUAGCUCUUCUUUAGGAUUUUUGAAUCUAUCGCGACGCAGGUAAGAUUUUAAUAUCAAUAUAUAUCUUCAAGAUGCCGGCCACUGCUGGACGAGUUCGCAUGCCUGCGAACAAUAGGGUGCAUAGUAGUGCGGCCCUGCAAACUCACGGUAUUUGGCAGAGUGCAAUUGGGUAUGAUCCAUAUGCACCCAACAAAGAUGACUCCAAGAACUCCUCACAGCACCAAUCAUCAAAUAACGAACCUGAUGCUGAGAAUCCGUACAAUAGCUACCAGGGACUUUUAGCACUUGCACGCAUAACUAAUACCAAUGCUGACGAAGCCCGUGGUGCUUGCAAGAAGUGUGGUCGUGUUGGGCAUUUGACUUUUCAGUGUAGAAACUUCUUGAGUGUUAAGGAUGAUAAUAAGGAAAGAGACCCGGGAGCAAUUCAGGCUGCAGUGCUGUCUGAGUUGGAUAAAUUGAAGGGGAAAGUGGGGAAGUUGAAUGGGAAGGGUAAGGUUGAGAUUGAGGACGAAAGUGAGGAAGAAGAGGAUGAGAGUGACAGUUCAGAUUCAGAUGCAGAUUCUGAGAUUGAGAGGAUUAUUGCUGAGAGAAAUGGGAAGAAGAUUAGUAGUAGAGGCAGAUCUUCAAGGAAGAAGAAAAUUGAUGUUUCAGAUGAAGAUGGAACAGAAUCAAAUUCUGAUUCGGGAAAGAAGAGAGGGAGGUCCAAGAAGAGGAGAAGUCGGAAGAGGCAAAAUAGUGACUCAGGGGAUGAGGAUGAAAGUAGAAGGAAGAGGAGAAGGGAAAAGAGAAGGAAGAGGGAUCAGUCCUCUGAUGAAGACGAUGAGUAUCGACAACGUAAGAGGAAGAGUAGAAAGGAAAAGAGGAGGCGAAGAAGUCAUCCACACUCAGACGAUUCUGAUUCAGACGUGUCUGAAGAUUCUAGUGGACAAUAUGAAAGGAAGGGCAGAAAGUCCAGAUUGCCAUCUGAUUCUGAUGCAAGUGAUUCGGAUGAUUCCCGUGGAAGGCGCACAAAGAGGUCUAAGAAUAAGAGCAGGAAACACCAUCAUGCCAAGGAAGAAUAGAGGCAUUCCUUGGAAGGCAUGCAGAAAGGUGGAUUGUAAUGAUUGCCCGCAAGAUUCUUACAUAUUAGCGAUGGAACUAUCAUAUUAGGCGAGCUUCUAAAAAAAAAAAAACAUUGCUGUUGGUUUGUGUGCUUCAAUUUAAGCUUUGUUCUCCAAAAUGAAAAAAUUUAGCGGUGGUGUCUUGUGUUUAGAUGGUGACCUAUGAUUAAGUUGACUUGAUCAAUCUUUCUACAGGUUGAUGUUCCAAAUUUAGCUUCUGUCACUGUCUUUCCCUCGUCUCUUUAUAUUUGCUACUGGAUGUUUGAUUUAAGGCAACUAUCUUGUCAAGUUUCGCAAUCGUUAACAUAGUGAGGUUACUCCAUUUAUUAGCUAA